AUGGCCUCUUGGACCUUGCCCUAUCGGGUUGAGGCUGUCGACCGCGACCCAGGCUUUUACUGGCAGGAUAUCGACAAUGGACCUAACGAUGGAUCAAACGACUUCUUUGGUCAGUUUCUCAACUUUGAUAGUGAAAUCCCAUCUUCUAUGGCCGAUCCACACGGCCAUAACCCAUCAAUGCCGACCCUAGCAAAUGGACUUAUCCUCGAUCAUCCCGCCGAGUCCACUGCAUCUGCCUCAUCGGGCGUCUCAACAACUGAAGAUGAGUUCGAUUUCUUCUCCUGCAGUUCUCAGGUCGACGCGACAAUCCCCUCUCAGCCAGCCUCAUCCGCUGUCGCGAGUGCAUCGCAUGAGGUUGAUCCCCGAAGCCUCGCACUUACGAGUACCGGUGGACUGACGGACGAGAAGCCUCCCCUGGUGCCUCGAGUUUCCAUGUCAGACCCAGAACUGCCUCGAGUUGAUGGCAUUUCAUUACACUCUUCACCUGGAAAGCGAGAAACCCAACAAAUUCGUCGAGGCACUCUCAUCCACGAUUCGUAA